AUGGCUGGCCUCAGCGUUUCAAACUGGGCACCACAUCUGUCGACUCCUGACUUCAAGACCGUUGAAGCAGUUUUGUUCGAACUCGAGCGGCACCUAACCCUACGCACCUACAUCACAGGGUAUGAACUAAGUUCCACCGACAAGGAAAUAUGGACCGCCGUGAAGACAGGCAAAGUGGCGAAUGGUAUUCUUCGCAAGGGAAGCCUGACGAAUGUGGGACGUUGGUUCUCCUUCGUUGAGGCCAGUCAUCCGGAGAUCCAGGGGGAGAUCCAGGCGGCGCAAAUCAAGGAGAAGAAAAAACGUGCUGCCGCAAGCAAAGCAGGGGUCAAUUACAACAUUGGGCUCAAAAAUACGGAGAACGGCGUUGUGACGCGGUUCCCUCCUGAACCCUCAGGAUAUCUGCACAUCGGCCAUGCUAAAGCUGCGUUUCUCAAUGACUAUUUCGCCCACGAAGCCUUCAAUGGCAAGCUUAUUGCCCGGUUCGACGACACAAACCCGGUCAAGGAGAAGCAAGAGUUCCAGGAUUCUAUCCUCGAGGAUUUGCAGCUUCUGGGCAUUAGGCCAGACCGUCGCAUGAUAUCGGAGGGGAACGCCUACGCCGACGACACAGACCCCGAUGUUCAGAAGGAGGACCGGCUCAAUCGUCUUCCCAGCAAACGUCGAGACCGGCCGGCAGCAGAGAGUCUGGCUAUCUUCGACGAAAUGAAACAAGGGACCGAUCAUGGAAAAACGCACUGUAUCAGAGCCCGUAUCCAAUUCGACUCGCUUAACGGAGCUAUGAGGGACCCCGUCAUCUACCGAUUCCCAAAGUUCGAGUCGAAGGAAGAUGGGCAGCCCCCCGAGGCAGUCCCCCAUCACCGCACUGGUCUGGCAUGGAACAUCUACCCCACUUACGACUUCGCCUGCCCCGUGGUGGAUAGCAUCGAAGGCGUCACCCACGCUCUUCGCACCACCGAAUAUGCAGACCGGAAUGCCCAGUAUCAGUGGUUCCUCGACACCCUGAAGCUUCGGCCCGUCCAGCUCUGGGAUUUCGCCCGCAUCAACUUCAUCCGGACCUUCCUUUCAAAACGCAAGUUGACCAAGGUCGUGGACACCGGCAUUGUAACGGGCUGGGAUGAUCCGCGUAUGCCGACGGUGCGUGGGAUUCUCCGGCGCGGCCUGACUGUGACCGCCCUUCGUGACUUUAUGUUGAAGCAGGGCCCUAGUCGUAACGCUGUAACCAUGGACUGGACUAUCCUUUGGGCGACGAACAAGAAGGCCAUUGACGCGGUGGCCCCUCGACAUACGGCAGUUAAGGCGAGCGGACUAGUCACUGCGACCAUCUCGGGGGGACCGGAAUCCCCCUACUCGGAGGAAAAGCCCAAGCAUCCGAAAAAUGCGGCGGUUGGGACCAAACUGGUCACCUUCGCGAACACCAUCCUUGUUGAUAAGGCAGAUGCCGCUAGUUUCUCUAUUGACGAGGAAAUUACGCUGAUGAACUGGGGCAACGCUAUUGUUCGAGGAGUAACCCGCGACGGUGCUUCUGUGACGGAUUUGCAACUUGAGCUCCAUCUGGAAGGGGACUUCAGAAAAACAUCCAAGAAGAUCACCUGGCUUGCGAAAGAGGGUAGUUUUCUCGUUGAGGCUGAACUUUGGGAAUUUGAUUACCUCUUGACGAAGGAUACCUUGGGGAAAGAGGACAAGUUGGAUGACUUCCUCGCGACGAACACCGCCACGAUGACUGAAGCGCUGUGCGACGCGAAUUUAGCGACUGUGGAGGCUGAUAGCAUCAUUCAGUUGGAGCGUAAGGGGUACUUUAGGGUGGACAAAGCUGCUGGUCAGGGACCUGGUGGGAGAGCAGUGCUGUUCAAAAUUCCCACCGGCGCAAAGGAGUGA